AUGACCGAUCGCCCAACCGUGGAGCAGGCCGUCGAGGCCCUCACCCACGCCGCCCCCACGAAAGAGUUUCACACCGCGCUGACGGAUGUGCUGUGGCUGCUGACCAUCGAAGCGCCCGAAGCCGAAACCGCCCCGGAGCGCAAGCGGCUGGUGGACCUGGUGCGACGCAUCCACACCGGCGGGGCCGUGCCCGGCGCCGUCCUCAAGGAGCGGCUCGACCCCACGCUCAUGGCCAAGGCCGGUCUCAUCUCCCUCUCACACUUCCGAACCCGCGCCGUGCGCCUGCACACACGCGAAUUUCUCGUGCAACAGAAGUUCAACCUGCUUCGAGAGGAGAGCGAGGGCUAUUCCAAGCUCGUUACCGAACUCACCCGCUCCGAGCUGUCGGAGAGCAACGUGGAGAGCGUGAUCGGCACCCUUCAGUCGCUGGUGGGCUACUUCGAUCUCGACCCCAACCGCGUGCUCGACCUGGUGCUCGAGGCCUACGAGCACAACCAGGACAACGCCAGCUACCUCCGCAUCAUCGCCCGCUUCCCGCGCGCCUCGCUGGCCCACCUCACCGGCUUCAAGUUCAAGUACCAGUACGGCGCCGCCUCGGAGGCGGACCCCAAGGGACCCCGGCCCGCUGGCCUGGCGCAGCCCUCCCAGUCGCUCUACCUCCUCGCCGCACGGCUCAUCAAGCACAAGUUCAUCACCAUCGAGGACCUCUACCCGCACCUCCAGCCCGAGGACUCGCUCGCGGCCGAGGAGUACGCCAAGCGGUUUGAGAAGAGCAGCAGCAGCACGACCACGUCCAUCACCACCUCGACCUCCACCUCCGCUCCCGCUCCCGGCCUGCUUGGCAUCGCCCCUCCCGGCAUCGGACUCGCAAUGCGAGGCCUGGACGACGAUAUCGCUCCGCUGGCGCCGGUGGUGACCACCCCGACGACGGCCGCGUCGAGCUCCGCCGCGGAUGCGAAGGAGAACCAGAAGCUGGGCCUCGUAGCGGCCCUGCUGGCCAUCAACGACUGGGAAGACGCCGAGGGCCUGCUCAUCCGUCUCGCCAGAAUCGACCCCGCCUCUCACCCUCCGAUAACUCGUGCGCUGUGCGAGAGGCUCCACCGGAUGCUGGAGCCGGUGUACGCCCUGGUGCGGUUCGCGCCUCCGCGCCGCGCCGCGGUGUCGACGACCGGCGCCGCCGACGCGCUGACCGAGGACGAUCUCGUCCGCGAUUGGAAGUCGCUCAAGCGCGUCCUGUGCCCGGUCCUGCUGCGGCUGGGCCUCCACAUCAGCCACGACCUCGUCCUCUUCACCAAGCUGUGCCGCGUGCUCAAGGAGUACAUGAAGGUGGGCAGCGCCGGCAGCGCCGGCGACCUGUCCAAGGACGAGGCCUUUGCCGUCACCGAGCACAUCGUCGUCAAGGUCCUCCUGCCCGGCCUCUCCCUCGCCGGCUGCAAUCCCGGCCUCGCCCAAGAGGUGUGGGACGUGUUGAAGCUGUUCCCGUACCAGACGCGCUACGACGCCUACGCCCGGUGGCGCACCCAGUGCGUGCGGGUCGGGCUGCUGGCGGCGGCCAAGGCCGAAGCCACGGGCGAGGCGCGCAAGAUCCUGCGGCGCAUCUCCAAGGACAACGUCAAGAUGCUCGGGCGGCAGUUGGGCAAGGCCACCCACUCCAACCCGGCCGCCGUUCUCGAGACCGUCGUGUCCCAGAUUUGCUCGUACGACAAUCUGAUCGCGCCGGUGGUGGACGCGCUGAAGUACCUCACCUCCCUGUCGUACGACGUCCUUUCCUACACCAUCGUCGAACACCUCUCGAGUUCGCGUGACAAGGUCAAAUCCGAUGGCACGAGCGAGGCCCAUUGGCUGCAGGGUCUGGCCACCUUCGCCGGUGCCCUCUACCGCAAGUACCCCGGUUCGCUCGAGCUUCACGGCCUGUUGGAGUACCUGACCAGCCAGCUCGCGUCGGGCAGCUCGCUCGAGCUGAUCAUCUUCCGCGAGGUCAUGGCCAAGAUGGCCGGCAUCGAAGGCGGCGAGGGCUCGCUCUCUGACACGCAGGUGCAGGCGUUGGCGGGCUCGGAGCUGCUGAAGCAGGAGUCGUCGCCCAUUCCGAUGGCGCGCAACCUCAAGAAGCCCUCGGCGCGUCUGCGCGAGGCCCUCCUCAGCUCCAACCUCGCCACCUCGCUGCUCAUCCUCAUCGCCCAGCAGCGCGGGCUCAUUCUCUACACCAACAAGGCUUCGCAUCUCAAGCCGCUGGGCGACCUGUACGACAAGUGCCAGGAGACGCUCAUCCAGUACACCGAGUUCCUCCAGGCCAACGUCACCCCGGCCACGCGCUACGCCGCGCUCUUCCCGCCGCUGCGCGACCUCGUCACCAAGUGCCACCUCGACCCCGAGUCCAUCUUCGGCAUCCUCCGCCCCGUCCUGCCCCAGCUCUACCCCGCCGACGAUGGCGUCGCCGAAAAGGACAAGGCGGCGGCGGUGCCGUCGGAGGCGCUGGUGAGGGACGUGCGGGACGUGUUCCCCGAGGCGAUGUGGGAGAGCCUGAGCCCGCAGCUGUACACCACCUUCUGGUCGCUCUCGCUCUACGACAUCGAGGUGCCCGCCGAACGCUACAAGGCCGAGAUCGCCAAGCUCCGCGAGUCCCUCAAGACCCUCUCCGACGAGAUCGUUCGCGACCCCACCACCGCCACCGAAAAGAAGAAGGAGCGGGACCGCGUGCAGGCGGUGGUGCAGAAGCUGGAGGAGGACCUGGAGAAGCAGAAGGCCAACUACGACGCCGUCAUGCGCAGGCUCGAGAAGGACAAGGCUCUGUGGUUCCCCACCAACAACGCCCGCUCGACCGCCACCACCAUCGUCGCGGCGCUUACGAAGACCUGCAUCCUGCCGCGCGCCCUCCACUCCAUGGCCGACGCCAUCUACUGCGCACGAUUCGUGCAGCUCCUACACAAGCUCGACACCCCCAACUUCUCCACCCUUCAGUACUUCAACAGCGUGCUCACCCAGGUGGUGCUGGGCAUCUUCUGCUGUACGGAGGGCGAGGCGGUGCGGCUGGGCCGUCUGCUGCGCGAGACGAUCGCGACGCUGGAGUCGUGGCGGUCCAACAAGGACGUCUACCUGCGCGAGUGCAGCUCCAAGCGCGGCAUGGCCGCCUCCUUCUCCGACACCAGCAAGCGGGCGUUUACGGACUGCCUGGACGCGGGCGAGUACAUGCAGGUGAAGAACGCGCUGCUGGUGCUGACGCGCAUCAACGACGUCUACCCGACGCUGCGCCGCGCGCACGAGCACCUCGAGAAGCGGGUCAACCGCCUGCGCGACACCGAGGAGCGGGAGGACAUCAAGCUCCUGGCCGCGCGCUACUCGUCGCUGCUGGCCCAGAAGAAGAACCCCGAGCUCGAGCGCCACCAGCAGCUCCUCUCCGAAGAGGAGUUCCUGGGCGCGCGCCUCGCCGCCCGCGUGCUGGCCAAGGACAAGGAGACCACCGAGGCGGCCGCGCCCGCAGUGGCGGCGACGUCGGCGGCGGCGGCGAAGGGAAAGGAGAAGGAGACGCAGCAGCGGCCGCCGCUGCCGUCGCUCAAGGAGGCCCUGGCGAGCCCUGCCGCGGCGAGGACAAUCGAGCGCGCGGCGGAGGCUGCGCCCACCAAGCGACUCUCGGCCACGGCGCCGCCGUUCCACCCCGCCACUGUCAAGUCUGAACCGAGGAGCGAGAGCUCGAGGCAAGAGAGGGAGCCGGGCGAGAUCGUCAACGGCGGCGCGCGCGAGAGCAGCAGCAUCUCGACCAGCGGGCUCAAGCCGCGAUCGACGUCGGCGGCAGCGGCCGCGAUCGACGAGGCGGUCCGCGUCCCGCGCCCGUCGACCCAGAGCUCGACGGCGGCCACCACCACCAGCAGCAGCAGCGCGCCGGCCUCCAAGUCCACCACUGAGUCGAGGCGCAGCGCAGUGCCGGCCGUGGCGUUGCCCACCGCCCCGCUGGUGUCGGUCAAGAAGGAGGAGAAGGAGAGGGAGAGGGAGAAGGAGCUGCCGGCCGCGCUCGUGGUGCCGCAGCACGACGAGCCACUCGCGGCGGCGGCGGCCAAGCGAUCGACCCCGCGCGGCAGCAGCAGCGGCGAUGAUGGCAGCAAGCCUGCGAGGCGCAGCGAGUCGUCAGACGACCUGAGCGCGAGCUCGUCAUCGGAUAAGACGCGCAAGCGACGGAGCGACAGAGACGCGCGCGAGGCGAGCAGCGGUGGCGGCGGCAGCAGCGCCAAGGACGACAAGGACCGCAAGGACGCGGGGGGUGCCAAGCGGCGACGCACCACGCCCGACGGCGGCGAAUCGCCGAAGGAGCCAUCGCCAACGACGCGCAAGGAGCUCCCGCACCUGACCGCGACUGUCAAGCGCGAGCCCGCCGAUGACCGCGAGCCGAGCAGCAGAGACAGCCGCGCUUCUUCAUCGUCGUCGUCUUCUUCCUCGUCCAAGGCCAAGGAAAGGGAGCGCGAGGAGCCCGACAUCAAGCGACGCAGGCAGCAGCAGGGCGUCGUCGUCGUCGUCGUCGUCGACAUCUGCGUUGACACCAUCAUUGCCAUCGGCGUCUUCUUCGAGGGACAGUGA